AGUGUAGCUGCUUUUUGCAAGCAUCCACAAAUUUGUCAGAUAUCGAAACUAUAUCGUUACAGUUAGUCAAGUGGCUCCGUCCCGUUCGGUUCAGUUCAGUUAAGAGUUUACAGUUUGCAGUUUGCAUUUUGCAGUUUACAGUUUGCGCGCGUGUUGUAUAAACGAGAUUUCAGCCAAAGUGAAUUAUCUAAAGCAAUACAUCGACGAUAUCCGCAGGAUAAUCGAGGAGAAAAUGUCACUCAAUCCGAACGGGUAUAAACUCUCCGAAAGGACGGGUAAACUAACGGCUUAUGAUCUGAUGCCCACGACAGUCAGUGCUGGAGCUGAGACACGUGAAUUUCUGCUGAAGGUUAUCGAUGUGCUGUUGGACUUUGUGAAGGCAACGAACGAUCGAAAUGAGAAGGUGCUGGACUUCCAUCAUCCGGAGGACAUGAAGCGUCUGCUCGACUUGGAUGUGCCGGAUCGGGCGCUGCCGCUCCAGCAGCUGAUCGAGGACUGCGCCACAACGCUCAAGUAUCAAGUGAAGACGGGCCAUCCGCACUUCUUCAAUCAGCUGUCGAACGGCUUGGAUCUGAUCUCCAUGGCUGGCGAAUGGUUGACCGCCACUGCCAAUACCAACAUGUUCACAUACGAGAUAGCCCCGGUUUUCAUACUCAUGGAGAACGUGGUGCUCACCAAGAUGCGUGAGAUCAUUGGCUGGUCGGGCGGUGAUUCGAUUUUGGCGCCCGGCGGCUCCAUUUCGAAUCUGUAUGCCUUCUUGGCCGCUCGCCACAAGAUGUUCCCCAACUACAAGGAGCACGGCUCGGCUGGCUUGCCCGGCAAUUUGGUCAUGUUCACUUCGGAUCAGUGCCACUAUUCGAUCAAAUCUUGCGCUUCUGUGUGUGGUCUGGGCACCGAUAACUGCGUCAUGGUGCCAUCCGAUGAGCAUGGCAAAAUGAUCACCUCCGAGUUGGAGCGUUUAAUACUCGAGCGCAAGGCCAAGGGCGAUAUUCCGUUCUUUGUUAAUGCCACGGCCGGCACAACUGUGCUCGGAGCCUUUGAUGAUCUGAAUACUGUUGCGGAUAUCUGUCAGAAAUACAAUUGCUGGAUGCACAUUGAUGCUGCUUGGGGAGGUGGAUUGCUGAUGUCGCGAAAGCAUCGUCAUCCCAGAUUCACAGGAGUUGAACGCGCCGAUUCUGUUACCUGGAACCCACACAAGCUAAUGGGAGCACUGCUCCAGUGCUCGACUAUUCAUUUCAAGGAAGAUGGCCUGCUCAUCAGCUGCAACCAAAUGUCGGCCGAGUAUCUGUUCAUGACCGAUAAACAUUACGACAUUAGCUACGACACUGGCGAUAAGGUCAUCCAGUGUGGACGUCACAAUGACAUUUUCAAGCUAUGGCUGCAGUGGCGCGCCAAGGGUACCGAGGGCUUUGAGCAGCAGCAGGAUCGCUUGAUGGAAUUGGUUCAGUAUCAGUUGAAGCGCAUACGCGCCCAAUCCGAUCGAUUCCAUUUGAUCUUGGAGCCGGAAUGCGUUAAUGUCUCGUUCUGGUAUGUGCCCAAGCGUUUGAGAGGCAUGCCACAUGACGCAAAGAAAGAAGUGGAACUGGGCAAGAUCUGUCCAAUUAUCAAGAAUCGCAUGAUGCAGAAGGGCACACUUAUGGUGGGCUAUCAGCCAGACGAUCGACGACCCAACUUCUUCCGCUCGAUCAUCUCUUCGGCUGCUGUGACCGAGGCGGAUGUGGACUUUAUGCUCGAUGAGAUACACCGGUUGGGUGAUGACUUGUAAGCGAUUCGAGCUGAAAAUCAUAAUUUUCUCCAAAGAUAAAUCUAGAUACUGUUGCGUAGUUCAUACAACCAAGAAGUAUCUUUAAGUUAAAAAGCAUAUCAUAAGAACGCAAAAUGAAUAAUUCCCAACUAACCAAAGUUAAAUGUUGCUGUAAUUUUGUUUGAAUAUAUUACCGAAUGUUACGUUUGAUUUAGUAUUUGUGUUAUCCCAUUUUAAGGAGUCGAGUUAGUGUUGUAAAACUUAAAAAAUAUGUACUCACAUACUUAUAAUCAAAGUGUUGUCAAGUUAAAUUUAUGUUUCACUUUCAAAGUAUUUCAAAAGGUUAUUACGACUGUUGCACAUAGCAUAUAUCAAAAAAUUAUAUAGUAAUACUCUAUAAAUAUCUAGAUGUAUAUUUAUAACUCAAUACAACUACAAAAACCACCCGCCACGCUCACCACCAAAACGAAAACAAAGUAAAACCCCAAAUGAAUUUGAGAAUCAAAGUUCGAGCACCUUAAAAAUAUGAAAAAUACUUUUGGACUGCGAUGUUUGUUUUGAGGCUACUGAUUGAUAAAUGCCUAUUGCUAGUGAGUGUUAAGGACAGCACUUAAGAACUUAAGUGUUGGAAAAUUAUAUGAUAUAUAAACUUAUCAUCAAAAAAGAUGUAUAAAGAAAUAUGUUGAAUUCCGGUUAAAUUGCUUGUAAUUUUUGAAUUACAUAAUCAAUUCUGUUGCUGCUAUAGAAAAGUAUAUUUAAAGUUGAUCCAUGGCAAAGUUUAUGCUUCAGGCAAUUGUAUGUACCUUUACACCAAAUAUCAAAAGAGACCUGUGCUUGUUAAACUGGACAAACUUCGUCCAAAAAGUUGGUCAACUAAAAAACGCAGUUCAGUAACUAUUUAUUUCAGUUGUGAUAAUGAAGGCUCUAAGAUCCGUUAAGUACAGCUUUAUGCCCUACAUAAAGUAUGUUUCUGAAGCUUAAUGGAAUCUCGGGCCAAAACUAGUCCAAUUAUCGAACUGUGCUAUAUACACGAAUACGUACAAAGGAAUAAUUUAGUUGAAUUUUAGUUUUUAGACUUCGCUCAUUGUCAUAAACGUCUGAUAUAUAUAUAUAUAUGUAUAUGAGAUAUAUUCGGUGUCAAUUAAAUGCAAUUAUAUAAACAAAA